AUGUCUUACAGGAGUGUGGUGGAAAGUUCUCUGAAUCUGACAUGUUCUCCGAAUGAAGACUGCCAGGCGACAGAGGACCUGCCCUGUACUGUCGUCGUGAAGAACAGUCAGAAUCUAUUGCAACCUGAGAUGAGCUACCAGUCGUGUUACCUGGAGAACACUCGCUAUAUUUGCAUGAGGCCAGCUAAGUGCCCGGGUGACUACAUCAGCUACAAGGGGCACUGCUUCCGAUUUAUAGCCUCGAGCGUCUUCGGGGGGAAAGCGGACUUUAUGGCGGCCCUGCAAGAGUGCCAGAAGGACAGGGCGGCACUGGCAUUCCCGGAGACGCAAGGAGCUCUCGAUUUUCUAAGGGAAUUGGCCCUACAUGUUUAUCCCCCUGGCGCUCUUGAAGACACGAAAAUUCUUAUAGGCCUUAACAAUGCAUUUGGUAUUUGGACUGUGGAUAGCAUCUAUUCUCCCGACCAAGAUAUCUUAGACAUGGUUAAGAAUUCUACAGCCAGUCAUCCUUACAGAAUUCUAACGACCUCCUUGCAGCUCAUACCGGCUCUCUCCUCCAGUGAAGAGUCGGUGGAAUAUGCUGCUUGCCAGUUGUACGGACCCAUGGGCUGUUGGGAUGAGCCUCCACUGCCCCUUGGUAAUAUGACACUCAGCUGGGAAGUCAACAACACUGUUGUAGGAGUCAAUGCAAACUACACGUGUUAUCUUGGAUACUUCGUGAACGCUUCUGUGCCUAACGUAACGCAGCAAGUCACGUGUUUCGGUCAGCUGGGAGGCUGGGUUCCUGAGAGCGACCUCGUGGACUGCAUGAUAGCGCCAGUCUGUAACGCAACCGACCUGCAGAACAUUGAACCGGAUCUGAUGCUCACCAAUGACUCAACAGACGCGUCCCUCUACCUUAAUGGGAGCAUCACAUUUACCUGUCCUGGACCCAUGGCCUUCUACCCUUCCUUGGCCACAGUGAUGACGGUCAACUGCACUUAUAACCAGAGUAGUGACGCUUAUAGGUUCGAGCCGUAUAGCCUUGAGUUGUGUGAUGUAUGCCGACUGACACCGGUUGUCUAUAACGCAACGACAACGUGGAAUGAGAAUAUGACUUAUGUUGUCAAUGAUACUGUGAACAUCACAUGUACAGAGAAUAAAGUUUUCUCGUUGGGAUUUGACCGAAAGGAAAUACUGUGCACGAAAUUUGGCUGGAAUGUACCCCCAUCAUGUCUUGACGCCUGCACAGACGACCCUCCUGAACCCGGAAGGAACAUGACGCAGCUUAAUUUCAAUUCUAACUUCAUAGGCGACAUUAUUACGUAUGUGUGUAAUCCUGGACACUUCAUCCCAAGCACUUUCCCAGGCCUUCUGAACGAGACGCAAGUUGUGUGCGGCGCGGACCACCUCUGGCAGUCGACUGGGCUUGAGUUUGAGUGCGCAAUAAUCUGUGUGCAGGAUCCUGUAACCCCUCCGCCUCCCGCGACCCUAUCCUGGGAUAGCCAGAACCGCACCUAUGGCACAGAGGCAUUGCUUGAAUGUCCUGACGGCCUGAGAUUCGCAGACGGGAGCACCAACAUGUCUUUGACGUGUAAAGAAGACGGGAAUUGGACACAACCUGACGAAGAGAUCCUCCUCUGCAGAAUACGAGCAGACGAGCCCCCGGAGAACAUAACAGGCGCCUCCCUAGAAGGACCCGACCCUCCCCAUUGGAAAGACACGCUCCUCAACUACACCUGUAAUGAUGGCUGGUUAACGACCUUGGGAGAAAAACAAACGACUGUUAUGUUCAAUGGGACGACCUGGGUGAUGGACGACCCCGAUUUCGAAUGUUGGAAAGUGGCGGAAGGACCCCCCGAUAAUAUCACCGACGCCACGCUAAGAGGACCUGACCCCCCUUACUGGAAGACAGUGACUCUCAAUUACACGUGUAAUGAAGGCUAUUUAACCACUGAAGGGGAAGACUGGACUAAUGUCACCUUUAACGGGACGGCCUGGGUGUUGGGCGACGAGGACUUCGCAUGCUGGAAGACUUGUGAUGAAGAUCCUGUUAGCCCUCCGUAUCCUGCGACCUUAACCUGGGAAGGUCAGAAACGCACCUACAUGACAAAGGUGUUGCUUGAAUGUCCCGACGGUCUGAGAUUCGCAGACGAGAGCACCAAUGUGUCUUUGACGUGCAAGGGAGACGGGAAUUGGACUCAGCCUGAAGAGGAGGUCAUUAUCUGCAGAAUACGAGCAGACGAGCCCCCGGAGAACAUAACAGGCACACGCUCCUCAACUACACCUGUAAUGAUGGCUGGUUAA